AUGUUGUCAAGAACUUUCGCUCGUACCGCAAGAGCCGCUAACCAAAAAAGAUUUUUAUCUUUACAUGAAUACCGUUCAGCUGCCUUAUUGGAAUCAUUUGGUGUUCCAGUUCCAAAGGGUUACGCUGCAACCACCCCUCAAGGUGCCUUCGACGCUGCCAAGAAGUUAGGUACUAACGAAUUGGUCAUCAAGGCUCAAGCUUUGACCGGUGGUCGUGGUAAGGGUCACUUUGACUCUGGUUUACAAGGUGGUGUUAAGUUGAUCUCUUCUGCUGAAGAAGCCAAGGACUUAUCCGAACAAAUGUUGAACCACAAGAUCAUCACCAAGCAAACCGGUGCUGCCGGUAAGGAAGUCACUGCCGUCUACAUUGUCGAAAGAAGAGACGCCUUAACUGAAGCUUACUUGGCCAUCUUAAUGGACAGAGCCACCCAAGCUCCAAUGAUCGUUGCCUCCGCUCAAGGUGGUAUGGACAUUGAAGGUGUCGCAGCCAAGGACCCAGAUGCCAUCAAGACCUUUACCGUUGACUUAGAAAAGGGUGUCACUGAUGCUCAAGGUAAGGAAAUCGCCAGUGUCUUAGGUUACACUGACGCUGCCAUCCCAGAAGCUGUCACUGCUAUCCAAAACUUAUACAAGGUUUUCAUCGAAAAGGAUUGUACUCAAGUUGAAAUCAACCCAUUAUCUGAAACCCCAGACCACAAGGUUUUAGCUAUGGAUGCCAAGUUAGGAUUCGAUGACAAUGCUGAAUUCAGACAAAAGGAUGUUUUUGGAUGGAGAGACACCACCCAAGAAGACCCACAAGAAGUCGAAGCUGCCAAGUACGGAUUAAACUUCAUCAAGUUGGAUGGUAACAUUGCUAACAUUGUCAACGGUGCCGGUUUAGCUAUGGCCACCAUGGAUAUUGUCAAGUUAUACGGAGGUGAACCAGCCAACUUCUUAGAUUGUGGUGGUACUGCUACCCCAGAAACCAUUGAAAAGGCUUUCGAAUUAAUCUUAUCCGAUAAGAAGGUUAACGGUAUUUUCGUUAACAUUUUCGGUGGUAUUGUCAGAUGUGACUACGUUGCUGAAGGUUUAAUUGCAGCCACCAAGAACUUCAAAUUAGAUAUCCCAGUUGUUGUCAGAUUACAAGGUACUAACAUGAACGAAGCCAAGAAGUUGAUUGAAGAAUCUGGAUUAAAGUUAUAUGCUUUCGAAGAUUUAGACCCAGCUGCUGAAAAGAUUGUUGCUUUAGCUCCAAAGGCAUAA